AUGGCCCAGGCCCUGGGAGAGGAGCUGGUGCCAUCGUCUGAGCUACAGGAUGACUCCAGUUCUUUGGGGUCUGACUCAGAGCUGAGUGGGCCUGGCCCAUAUCGCCAGGCGGACCGCUAUGGCUUCAUUGGGAGCAGCUCAGCAGAGGCAGGGUCGGGUCACCCCCCUGUAGACCUCAUCCGCCAACGGGAGAUGAAGUGGGUAGAGAUGACUUCACACUGGGAGAAGACCAUGGCUCGGCGGUACAAGAAGGUAAAGAUUCAGUGCCGGAAGGGGAUCCCCUCAUCCCUGAGGGCUCGGUGCUGGCCCCUGCUGUGUGGGGCUCAGGUGUGUCAGAAGAACAGCCCCGGCACCUAUCAGGAGCUGGUGGCGUCCCCCGGAGACCCACAGUGGAUGGAGACCAUUGGCAGGGACUUGCACCGCCAGUUCCCUCUGCAUGAGAUGUUUGUGUCACCCCAGGGUCACGGGCAGCAGGGGCUCCUGGAGGUACUCAAGGCCUACACCCUUUACCGGCCAGAACAGGGAUACUGCCAGGCCCAGGGCCCUGUGGCUGCUGUGCUACUCAUGCAUCUGCCCCCAGAGUCCUGUUCUAGUGACCCAAGGCCUCGUGAGGCCUUCUGGUGUCUGGUACAGAUCUGUGAGGUCUAUCUCCCUGGCUACUAUGGGCCCCACAUGGAGGCUGUACAGUUGGAUGCCGACGUGUUCAUGGCUUUGCUGCGGAGGCUGCUCCCGCGCGUGCACAAGCACCUGCAGCAGGUGGGCGUCGGACCCCUGCUCUACCUGCCGGAAUGGUUCCUUUGCCUCUUCACCCGCUCGCUGCCCUUCCCCACAGUGCUGCGCAUCUGGGACACCUUCCUCAGCGAAGGAGCCAAGGUGCUGUUCCGUGUGGGGCUGACCCUGAUGCGCCUGGCACUGGGCACUGCUGAGCAGCGCGCCGCCUGCCCAGGGCUCCUGGAGACCCUCGGGGCUCUGCGUGCCAUCCCGGCUGGCCAGCUGCAGGAGGAGACCUUCAUGUCCCAGGUGCAUAGUGUGGCCCUGUCUGAGCGAGACCUGCAGCGGGAAAUCAGAGUCCAGCUGGCUCAGCUGCCCAAGUCAUCACCUGGACCAGCCCCUCAGCCACAGACUCGCCUUUCUGGGGCCCAGGCCAUCUUUGAGUCUCAGCAGCUGGCAGGCGUGCGAGGAGGCACCAAGCCUGAGAUACCCCGAAUUGUGGUGCAGCCCCCGGAGGAGCCCAGGCCACCACGACGCAAACCCCAAACCCGUGGCAAGACUUUCCAUGGGCUCCUGACGCGAGCCCGGGGACCCCCUAUUGAGGGUGCCCCCAGAUCCCACAGAGGCUCCACCUCUUUCCUAGACACCCGCUUCUGAGGGUGCCAUGCACUCAGUGCCACCGAAUCCUAAUCAUUCUUCUGGCUGAUGCCAGCCCCACCAAUGGGUAUAGCAGUUGACUGCUGGGCUGUGGUGACUCAGCAAGGACCACACACUGGGGGAGGGGAGAGUCCCCAUUUUACUGACUGUGUCAGGCGCAAAGAUAAAAGAAUGCCACCGAGUGGGAUUUGGGGGAGCCAGGUUGGAUAUCCAAUCAUGAAGCCACCUGGUGCCCGGCUCUUACCAGCAUCAAA